AAAUUUGCGGACAAAAAAAAUUUUUGCGGAUUAAGUUUGCGGACAAACUUCAAAAAAUCAUUCUUUUUUUCCAGGUAGCCCAACCAGGCCAUGUACUCUUCCCAGGCACUUUAAUUGCUAGACUUGAAGACCAAGAUGAUGUUUCAACACAAAAACCUAAAAAUUUUGUUGGGAGGAUGGAGGAAUGGGAUUCUGCUAUAACCAAAGAUGUGCUUGAUAGAGGGAAGAGUCGAUUAGAUACUCGAUUUGAGGAUCUCAUUUUGACUUGUAAAGACAUUUUGUCUGGUUAUUGUAUGCCAGAGCCUUAUUUUCACGAAAAAAUUGUUCGUCUAGUAGACGAUUUUUACAACGUUUUAAACAAUCCACAGCUCCCAUAUGCUCUAUUCAAAGUUUUUUUGUAUGCUGUCGAAAGUCGAAUUUGUCGAAUGUCUUCAUACUCAAAAAUUAAAAAAUUAAUUUCUAACGUUAACCACCAAACAUUCCCAGCAAAUGAAUUGGCAGAAGAAAUGGAAUCUUAUUUGUGUACUCUAAAUCCUACAGAAUUGGGAAUUGAAAAACAAUAUUUUGAAUCUCUUAUUAAAAUUUGUGAAAGAUUUGGAGAUGGUCUACUUGGACAUUUACAAAUUGUAAUUUCUGAAUUUCUAGAAAACUUUAUCGAUAUUGAACAUCAUUUUCAAGACGUUUCUUAUGAUAAAGGUGUUUCUUCAAUAAAAUCAAUCAUUUCUGACCCUUCAAGAGUUGUUCGGAUGGUUUAUUCACACACAAAAGUUUUGGACAAAAAUGUUUUUUUAAAAGAAUUAUUGUCAAGAUUAGAUGACCAGUCAAUUAUUAAAUUACAAAUGCCUUUAAAACGAAUAGCUAAUAUGUUUAAUCAAGAAAUUGAACCUAUUGCUAUUUAUAUUAGAAGAAUACUCAACAAAAUGCAUCAACUUUCUUAUUCAAAUUUGUGUUCAAAUAUUCGGUUUAAUUCAAAACAAUAUGAAAUGAAGGAAUUUAUUUCACUAUAUUUUAAUAAUAAUGAAGAAUCUACAAACCAACAACAAUAUUUACGCCAAUUUAUUAAAGAAAAUAAUAAAGCAGAAUAUUUAAAUUUACUUCAUGAAUUUUUCUUUAAUUCAAAUGAAGAAAUUUCUAAAUUUGCAAUAAAAUUAUUUUUCUCAAAAUUAUUUUUAAUUAAUGAAGAAAAUAUUACAACAACAACAAACUCCUAG